CUUUAUGCUGGCCAGGGUCAACAAUGUUUAUCCCAAUAAUUUGUACGGAAACGCCGACAUAAAGAAAGGAGGAUCCAGUCCCGUGAUUGCGUAGUCGUAUGGCUAAAAAGCAGAGGUCUGGUGGUGGGAAAUGUAAGUGUUCCUCUGUAAGAUUGAAGAAAUGUAGCUGAACAUAAAGUACGACAGUAAAUCCCCAGCUUGUCUAUGAAGGUCAUUGUGCUGUCUGCUCUCAAGACAAGUACUGGAAACUGCAGCUCAGCUCAGCGAAUCAGCAACUAUUUACUAGAAGAGGGUAUCGAGAGCCAAUUAACAGACCAGGAUGCGUUCAUCAGCCCCUUGGAAUUCAACCGGCAUGUAGUCCAGACUGCGGCUGAUUGCGUGCUGGCCAUUCAUGCAUAUCGCAGUGGCAAACUUCUGUUAGAAUGUCCCGUGCCUUACUCUAUAGUGUUCGGUGGCACCGAUGUCAACGAGCACCACAAGAUUCAUGACAAAUUGGUUACCAUGACAAUGGCAGUCUCAAAGGCCAGAUUUCUAGUGAGCUUUAGUAAGCCCAUGCAUGACCAGGCCCUUGCAUUAUGGCCUGAUAUUGGUGACAAACUCUACACCCUGCCACAAGGAGUUGUAACCUCUCCCUCCAGCCGUUUUGAUUUUCACCAGCACCUUCAUGUAGCCUGCGGCAUUCCUAAGCACAGCAGUGUAUUCCUCCUAGUGGCUGGUCUGAGACCAGUCAAGGAUCCGUUGUAUCUAGUCAACAAAUUCUCAGAGUGGCACAUGGAGCAUGGGAACGUUUAUUUGGUGAUAAUCGGCCCAGAGCUGGAUCAACAAUUGUCAGAAAAGGUCAAAGCAAUUGUCAAAAGGUUGCCAGGGGUUGAGGUCUUAGACCCUCUGUCACAGAGUGACUGCCAUAGAGCUAUGCAGGAGUGCACCGCUGUGGUCAACUCGUCACUGAGUGAAGGCAUGCCAGCGGCCAUCUUAGAGGCCAUGGAUCUAUGUGUACCAGUCAUAGCACGUAACAUACCGGGUAACCGUACACUCAUCACGCACAGACAAACAGGACUGCUAUAUGAUACACCAGAGGAGUUCAUCAAUUUGGCUGAGGACCUUCUGACAUCGCCUGGCCAGCAUGCAGCAAUCACCAGGCAGGCCAAGGAGUUUGUUGAUGCCCACCACUCGCCUCAGAGCGAGAGAACCACGUACGUCAGUCUCGUCAAGAGGAUGGCAUCGGAGCCAGGAUAACCUGGCAGAGCUGUUAGAUUCACUGAUGACCAAUUUGCUAUUCCAGAGACUAAAAGACCAUAUUGUCAUCAAGUCAUUUUGAAAUGUUUCCCAAAUAUACUGAAAUGGGAGUUGUAUACCAAGCACUGAGCUAGGCUGUGCUGAUUGAGUACUUUAGACCUAACAAAAUGGACCCCACAUUUUGUAGAAUGACCCACAUGCAAGAAAUAUACAAAUAUUAACAAAACGGUGAAGGCUCUUUUAACAAGUUCUAACAACUUUUCAUCAGACAUCCUUGUUCAGAUACUCAGAUUUCUCCCCGUAAUUGGAAAACCGUGUCAAUGUCUCAGAUGUAAUUUGAACUGUGUCAGCCUGGAUUCAGUGAAAUCUCGAUAAGUCAAACUCAGAUAACUCAAAACAACUGUUAAGCCGAACAAAGUAUCCAUUCCCUUCAGUUGUAUGGCAAAUUUGCUUAACUCAAAACUCUGCUCAAGUCAAAUUUUGAACCUGUUCCCUUGAGAUUUCACUGUAUUUGUCAAACUCAGUAAAGGAAUGACUUGGUUGCAAUUCUGUGAGAAAAAAACUACUUGUGCAUUUAGUCUUGAGGCCCGAGCUGAAAAAUUUCAAAAAUUAUUUUUUUCUCUAACAUUUGAAGCUUUGGGCUUUUUCCAUAUAAAUAUGUUUUCUCAUGCUCUUUUCAAAGAAGAAAGCAGCUCAUAUCAGCUUAGGCCAAGUAAAAAAAACCCCAAAAAACAAACCAGUAUCACGUCCCCGCCCGCUUCCUUUCUCCCGCCCGCCUCAUUUCCAUUUAAAAAAAAAUGUUAUUGUCACAUUUGCAAUAUAUUUGGCACAUUUAUUGUCUCUGUAUUUGUUUUCAGCAAAAUUGUAGCUGUGUAGAUAGGGUUACAGCUCCUUUGGACGCAAUUUUGUAUCAGAAAAAAGAUUUGAGACAAUGGAAGAAAACAUUAGCCAUCUUGGAAAAUCCGCCAUCUUGAAAAAAACCCCAAAAACGCCCGCCUCCAUUUUCCAAAAAGUCCAGAUGAGAAUGAUAAUGAAGAUUUAUAAAGCAUACUUAUCCACCUUUUAACAGGCUCAAGGUGCUAUAAACACAAUUAAUCCAUUACUCUCUUUUGAAUGAGAGAUUGAACAAAAAACUCUGCCCACGUACAUAUUAAAAUAUAAUAUUAUAAAUAUUAUAACAUCUACAAAAUGUACUUACAAGUUUUGAAAUUUAUUUGCAGUUGACAACAAUUCAGGCGUAUCUUUUAUGCAUUACGGGUGCUGAAGCAACGCAAAAUAAAACCUUUAUUUUUUUUCAGAGCAUUGAAAUAGAAAGGGAAAAAGGAACAUUUUCCCUUUAAGUAAAACAUACAAAUGGAGAUUUCGAAUAUGAAAAUGAUCAAACAUGUUGAAGAGCAACAACUUUAAUGUGGCAGUUAAGCCAUUAAAUACAAAUACCAGUUUUUUAUGCAAUAUAAAGAUGUCACUAAGUACAUUGUAAAUAUAGCUUAUGAUUAGUUAUGUCAUUUUGAGUUAUGUCAUUUUGUCCGUUGCCAAACCACCUAUGCUGCAUGUUAGUCACACUAAUGGAGAUCAGUUAGCCUACCUAAGACGUCUUCUUCACAUCUAUUUAAACAGCAUUACCCAGAAAUUGAAAUUCAGUACACAUUUAUGAAAUAUUUGAGAACAUUCAGUAAAACAACAAUGAUGUCAUUGAGGUGGAAGCAAUAAUUGUUUAUUUGUUAGCAGUCCAUUUUGAUGUAGAAUACUGAGAAACUAUUUUAAAGUACUGGAACAUUUGCGCAAUAAAUGUCCUUUAAAAAAUGAAUGUAUAUUCUUAAUUGGUGGCCAAAGAUUCUGUGACUGGGAGCAAUUAACAUCAUUCUCGUGUGAUUUUUGUUGAGUUUUUUUUCUAACAAUUACUUAUCUGGAAAGUAUCUGAAAUUUCAUGUAUGAUUUUCUGUUUAUUUGUUUGAAAAUGUUUAGUACUUAUUGGCAUUUCAAAUUCAAAUGCUUGAUUUUCUGUGAAUUGUAGUAACAUAUCUAUCUUUUUAAAACAAAUUUCCACUGUACAUUUCUUUAAAAUUACUUGCUUUCAAAUUAAUAUAUUUGUAAAGUUCAUUUUUAAAUUUGUUUCUUGCAGACUAAUGCAUGUAUUUACUCCAUGUCAUCGCAUUAUUACUGAUGAGGUUGUUUAAAAUUACAAGUACUCGACAUCUACUUAAAGUGCCUUAAUAGGUAGAUUUCUAUCAAAUUAAACAAAGAACUGUAAAA